AUGAGAAUGAUUUCAUUUAUUAAAUCUGUUUUUAUAACUACUGCUUUGAUUUAUGGAAUACUAUUGCUAUUAAAUGCAAUAGUUAAACCAAAAAAUGGAUGGGAUUAUCACCAAGUUGAAUAUAAUAAUUUUCCAGUACUUGUGGCUCAUAGAGGAGGAAGAGGGAUAUAUGCUGAAAACACUCUUGAAGCAAUGAGGAUUUCAUAUUAUAAGUACCAUGUUGAUUUGUUAGAGUGUGAUAUUCAAAUGACAAAAGACAAUAAAUUUGUUUUAUUACAUGACUAUUGGUUAAAUAGAACAACUAACAUUAAAGGUCAAGUUAAAGAUUUCACAUUGGCCGAACUUAAAAAAGUUGAUGCUGGUUAUUGGUUCACAGAAGAUGGUAAAACAUAUCCAUUAAGAGGAAAAGGAAUUACUAUGACAACAUUAAAUGAAUUAUUAGAUGAGUUCUAUGGUAAAGAUGUUAGGAUUUCUAUUGAAUUAAAGGAUAAAGUAAGUGCCUCUGUUGAUAUGUUAGUUCAAGAAUUAAAGAAAUAUCCAAACAUUAAUAAACAAGUUUGUAUUGACUGUUCUUAUCAUCCUAUGCAAGUAUAUUUCAGACAACAAGUUGGUAAUAUGUUCUGUACUGAAAAUGAUGAAGUUGAAGGAUUAAGUAUGGGCCUAGCUGGAGCAUUAGGUUUAAGUCGAUUGUAUUACUUUUUAAACCCAAAUAAUGUUGAAUACUUUUUUGCACCUUAUUUGUCUAUGAAAGGAUUUGAUAUAUUGACUGAUGGUUUUUACAAAGUCUUACAAGAUGAGCUUGAUACCCCAUUUAUGUAUUUCACUGUGAAUAAUGAAGUUGAGAUGGCACGUGCAAUUGGGUUAGGUGCUAAAGGUAUUUUAACAGAUAGACCAGAUCUUGCUCAUAAAGUUUUUGUUGCGUUAGGACUUCGUAAUGAUGUUGUGAAUAAUACAAAAGAAAAUGAACAUUAUCACGUUCCAUCAGCAAGAACAUCAUGGGAAUUUUCUAAUCAAGCAAUGAAAGUCCUUGAAACAGCUGGUGGAUUAUUACCAAAAGAAGUAUUAACCUUCAUUGUUAUUAGUAUUCCAGUCACUAUUCUAUUAGCUAUUUAUUCAAUUAUAGCGUUCAUAGUCAAUAUCUUAUAUUGUAUUCUUUGCUGUAAAAAAUCAAAGAAAAACAAAACUAAUUGA